AUGAGCAAGCGUGAAGAUGAUACACCUUUACAAAAUACACAAUCAUUGCCCCGACAACCAUCACCGGCACCGAGAGAUUCGAAUAUAAAGCAGUUCAUGCGUGAUUGGGUUGCCAAUAUCAAGAUACCCCCUUUUGAGACAUGGCGUAAACCUGUCAAGCAAGCACUGGCCAUGAUAAUUGCCUCCAUCAUGACGCUAAGUGAUAGCUGCCGUAAUAGCAUUGGGCAAGGAUCAUUGCUAUGUGCUAUUGUCAUUGUCUUUUUCUUCCCUGCACGCACUUUUGGUGUCGUAUUUGAGGAUGUUAUUUAUGGAACGCUCGGUGCGCUCAUUGCAUCAUUGUAUUCAUUGCUUGGCAUUUUUUGUGCGAACUUGGCAAGAGAUCCAAACAUUGCCUAUCCAGUGCAACCCAAAUCGAGUGGAGUGCUCAUUGUGUUUUUGUUUAUUGGCGUCUACGUCAUGACAAUCAUCCGAUUCAGUGUCCCAAGAGCUAAUUUUGCAUGUAUCCAUGCGGCGAUCAUUUUUGCGUUCACUCUCACCGAUGCAUCAUUGACACCUGGUUUCCACCCAUCCCUUGUGUGGCAAUUCUUGAUACCAGUUACGGUUGGUGCUGGAAUCUCGUUGGCAGUGUCAGCGAUUAUAUGGCCUGAUGAUAGCAUGACCAAUUACAUGAACGUGUUUUUGAAAGGUCUCGAGGGCCACAACACAUUCUUUAAGGAACAUUCGGAAGCAUUCUUUACAGUAUCACCAGCAUCAGUGGCUACCACUUUACCUUCGCUUCAUGAUCGAUUGCAGGGAUGCAUGUUAACCUUGAUCGAUUGUAAACGUGCCGUGCAUCGUGAUAUUCUUUAUUCAAGGCUUAAUGGAUCGGAUAUCAGUAAGCUUACCAAGCUGAUCAAGGAACUGCGUCCCUCGUUAUAUGGUAUUGGUCUUAGUCAAAUCAUCAAGCGAGAAAUCUUGCAAGAUGAAUCAGCGCAAGAGGAACAAGAUGCACUCAAGGGUGCCAUUGGAGAAUUGGAUAAGGUAUUCCAGCCCUUGACAGAGGCAUGUUACAAUGCAACAAAAGAAGCCAUUGAACGACUACGUCCAUUUCAUGGAAAUCGACCACGAUCGAUCCUCAACAGCAUCCUAUGGCCAUUUCCUCGUAUAUUCGAUGUUCAUCAUUACAUCAAAAAGAUCAUGGGUGCAUCCACCAACAAUGAUGUUAUUGAAGAAAAGAGAACAACCUCGACAUCUCUUAAAGAAUUGCUUACACAAUUGGCUGCGGAAGCUGACACUACUAUGUGGCCAUUGGCUGUUCAACAUUCGCUUAAUCACCAUGAACGUAGCUUGCAUCUUUUUGGACAAUACCGGUAUCAGCUGAGACAUUAUACCCAAAGGAUUGUCUCCCUUUUAGAGUUUGUUGAGGAGAUUGAGCAAACAAGGACACGACGACGAUUUUGGUUUCCUACCAUCAAGGCACUCAAAAAGCGAUUUUUCUCGAACAAGCCCAACGAGAGUGAACACCAUCAGCCUGAGGAUCCACUUGACCUAACUUUGGUGCGCACUAAUACCCGACGUGAAGCUCUCGGCGAUCUCGAGAACCCUACUGAACAAGCUUCUUAUGUACUAUCAUCAUCAGGCAAGCUGUAUUACCGUGAUCCCGAUGUUGAUCCACCUGCUUCACGCCGAGAACGAUUUUGGUAUACCAUCCACAAAAUGAUCUUGUGGGCUGUAUCUUCCAAUAGCAUGAUGGGAUUGAAAACAGCCGCUGGGACCGUGUUAAUGGCACUACCUUUUUACAUCGCCAAUAGCGCAGCCUGGUACAUGGAAUGGCGAGGCAAUUGGGCUCUUAUCAUUCUUCAAAUUUGGCUUAGUAGAGCUUCUGGAAUGUUUAUCUAUGCCACCGUAAUGCGGCUUUUGGGCACCGUGGCAGGUGGUGUGCUUGGUAUUGUCGUAUGGGAAAUUGCACAAGGAAAUCCCUAUGGGCUUGCUGUGGUUUUAUUUAUCGCUUAUGCCAUCCUCUACUACAUCCUCAUGACCAAUCCAAACACACGCAUGUUUUGCAUUCUCACCGUGGUAACCUUGACUCUGGUGGCUAUUUACACAUACAACUACAAGAUGGGCGUGUUCCCAGGAAAUUCGCCUGUAUGGACAAUUGCUGGCAAGCGUAUAUUGCUUGUGUGUAUUGGUGUGGUUGCUGCAGCUAUUCUCUCCAUCAUACCUAGGCCGAUCAUGGCUCGUGUUGAGCUGCGUAAAUCACUGGCUCAUACUGUACGCGACGUAGGAAGGCUUUAUGGUAUCUUAACGUCCCAAUUUUUGGUGCCAGAGAUUGCCAUGCUUAAUCCGACAAAGGAACAAAAGAAAGGCUUUCGACGUCUUACGUUGGAUUUACGACGACAAAUUGCCGAAGAGCGAACGUACAUGCACCUGUCAUCCUAUGAACCACCACUUCGAGGACGCUUCCCUGCUGAAAGAUACAAGGCAGUGCUUGAAACAGUUGACUCUAUGGCUGACUUAGUAGCAGGGAUGGGCUAUAUCCUAGAGGACAUAAGACCAUCUUGGCGUCAGCAGAUGGCAAAUACCUUGCAAAGAGAGAGACUCGAUUAUAUUGCAUCCAUUAUGACGACCAUGAAGCUGAUUGCAACUACGCUUUCAGCAAAGAUGGCAUUACCACCCUAUCUUAUUGGGCCUGGCGAUGCACGUGAUCGAUUUCUCCAAUCACUUAAUCAUAGGUUGGAAUUUAGCUCUGAAGACAUCACUCACCCAUCGUUCUUGAGUUACAGUGCAUACAUUGUCACUAGCACUGCAUUUGUCAAAGAACUACAAUUCCUUCUUGAAACAGCCGAAGACUUAGUUGGCGUUGAAGACCCUCAAGAAUGGUUACGAAAGCAUAUGUAA